AUGAUUAUACUUUUUCAUCAGAUUAAUUUACUAGUUAUACGUUUUUUAAGGACUCGAAAUGAGUCUAAGAGCAAUAUGAACAAAAAAGUUCUACCUGUAAAUAAUCAACAGGAAGAUUCUGAGAAUUCCUUGAGGUUUCGGCCUCCAGUUUACAGACAGCGAUAUGGAGAAGUGUUUAAAACUCUUAUAGAUAGUAGAUGGAGGACUAAAAUUAACACAUUAUGUGAUUUUGGUUGUGCGGAAUUUGGAAUCUUCACUUUUUUAAAACAGUUAAAUAGACUGAACCAUAUAAUAUUUGUUGAUAUUGAUGAAGAUACUUUAAUGUUUUAUAAAUCUAAAGUAUAUCCUUUAACUAUCGAAUAUUUAAGUAGACGAGAAGAAGCCUUAAACGUUAGUGUUUUUAAGGGUAGUGUAGGUGAUCCAGAUUAUCAUCUGCUAAAUGUGGAUGUGGUAACUGCCAUAGAGCUUGUUGAACAUCUCUACCCAGAUACCUUAGAUGCCUUUGCUUAUAACAUAUUUAGUUACAUGGAACCAAAGAUAGUGAUGAUAACAACACCAAAUGCAGAUUUUAAUGUACUGUUUGGAUGGGAGGACAAAAUAUUUAGACACUAUGAUCAUAAAUUUGAAUGGACAAGGCAGCAAUUUCAAGAUUGGUCAAACAACAUCAUUGUUCGUUUUCCUGACUAUACAGUGUAUUUUACUGAUAUAGGAGAAGGACCUGCAGGGACCCAAGCCUUAGGAGCAUGUAGUCAAAUGGCAACUUUCAUUAGAAAAGAUUUAUGCAACGAAAGCUAUAUUUUACAAAAAUACAUGAACCACUGCAUCUGUGAUAAUGAAUCUAUGUGCCAAGAGAACACUGGAACUGGAACUGUGAUGAGCUGUAAAUGUACCUGUAAUUUAUGUUCUCCGAGUUCUUCAUGGGGAAUUUGCACGUAUUAUAGUUUUUCGACACCAGCGACUGAUAGUGAUAGUUUUAAGGAUCCCUCCUAUAAUGUUUUUUAUAAGUUGUUGGACCAAAUCGAAUAUCCAGUCGAUCAAGAUAGUCGAACGGAGAAAGAGAAAAUUCUCGAUGAAUUUAGAUAUAGAAUAAACAUUUUAGGGCACAUGAAUGGGAGAUUCUUCGUUGAAGAGAGAGAUCGAUCUGAAAUACCUAUAAUAGAACUGUUGUAUGGACCCGAAGGAACAAAUAUAACAGAUAUUGAGCUAUGUACGUUGUUAAAGAGUGAUGGUUAUGAAGUCGAGGAUUGCAUAGUCCAAGAAAUAGGUGAAUCCGAAAAAUGUGUUAUUUACACACCAAUAUUGAUGGAUAACUGUUCAACUUCUUCGGAAUCUUCAGAACCAGAAGGUGAUUAUAAUACAUUUAUUACACCUCGAGGAGAUACCGAUUCUGAUUGGGAUGAACCCACAAAGGAGGAAACCACCCAUAAAGAUGUAAAAGCGAAAUUAGGCGAACCUUCGACACUAACAGAAGAAAAUUGUUUAAAUGAAGUCACCAACAAUUCAUUACCAUUGGAAACUCCGCAACAACUACAAGCUGAAAAGUCCCAAAAUAAAUGGGAAGAUCAAGAAGAAACGGAUACAUUUGACGAUACAAUAAGUUCUCGUAUACCAUCCGAUGAAAAUAACAAACUGCAUUUGAAAAAAGCUUUACACUUCGAAACACACUCAUUUUCAAGUGUACCAAACAAUGUAGAUAAUGAAAAAUUGGAUUUUAGAAUUAAUGAAUUAGACAGGUUUCCUGAUAUCAAGUCAACAAAAAAUGCCAUUGGCCGUGUCCUUAAACUCCACCAAAGGAUUCGUAAAAUGUUUUUUAAAGAAAUCGACCCCAUAGCAGGCCCGUCCACUUUUCCUCCACUAAAGAAGAGAAAAAUGAAGAUUCCUACCUCAGACAGUAACUAUGAACCAACCCUAUUAGAAGAUAUGAAAUCUUUGACGAACUGCAUUAUAAAAAAUACUUUGAAUGUACUAAAUGUGGACGAUGACAGGAGUAUUGUAUUUGAUAAUGGUCCAUCGACGUUUACUGGUAAUUGUUUGAUACCAGACAUUGAUGAAAGUCAAAUGCAAUGUCUGGAUGUGAAUGGAAUUACUGAUUCUCUCAUUGAUGUUAGAGGAAAUGCAAAUAUCAAUGGUAUUUCUCCCAGCAAAUUUAUCAUAGAAAACAACAUAAUUAACUUAAAUCUUCAAGUGCCGUUAAAACCCUCAACAACUUCUCAGCCAAUACCGUCUUUAGUAUCUUCGGUAAUAUCAACGUCUGAUGAAUUUGCUGACAGUCGAGAAGAAAGAGCACGUUCAGAAGACAAUGUUAUCGAUAUAAAUGAUUCGGACGGUAUUUCUCACUGCGACUGUGACGAAUAUUAUGAAGAUGCAGUAAGUGAAGGAAGUAUGACAAAUUCGGUAGAACAAUCAAGCACAGAGGCAGUUGCAGAUCCGAAUUCCACAAUAGACCUAACAGCAUUCGACACCGAUGUUUCGAUUCCUGAAGAAAAUGCACAACAUCCAGAAAACUCAAUGGGUACGAAUUACUUGAGUUUUGAUGAUUUAAUCGUUGUUGUUCCUCUUCUUCUAGAUCCGUUGGAAACGCUUGAUUUGGGGCAGAAUACGAAUGGUUUUCCCAAUUGGAUGCUUGAAAUUCUAAACAACCAAGUAAGAGAAGACAAUUUGAUACCUACAAACGAUUUAGACGAACCACAUUUUUAUUGCCAAGGAGACGGAUUAGGUGUUCACUCAUCUCUACUUUCGGUAGAAGUGGACGAGGGAGAAGAAGCUUCGUCUGAAUCAAGCGAUGAAUCUGGAGAUUACGCCGAAGUAGACCCAGCUAUAUCGUCCAUGGAUAUGAGUUCACUUCCAGAAGAUUCGCAAGGACUUUCUACUGACAACCAAGACUCUUUAGAAGAAGAAACUGACAACAGAGUUGCUGCUAAUAAUCCUCCAACAAGAUCGCAAAACGAGACCGAAACAAUAGAUUCCGUAUCUACCAAUUCACAUUUAGAAAAUGAAUAA